AUGGGGUGGUUGAUAGGCUCACUGACUGAAGAGGCUCUCAGAUCCUUUUAUGGUCUUCACACUUCCGGUGAGGUAUGGUUCUCUCUUGCUAAAAAGUACAAUCAUAUCUCUACAUCUAGGAAGAGUGACUUACAACGUCACUUACAUUCUACUGAUAAGGAAGGGAAACCUUUAGCUGAGUAUCUGAACACCAUUAAGCGGAUAUGUGACCAGCUUCACUCCAUAGGGUACUCUGUUCCAGAAAAUGAGAAAAUCUUUGGAGUUUUGCAUGGUCUAGGUCAGGAAUAUGAUUCUAUUGCCACGGUGAUUGAGAGUCAGAUGGAUACCUUUCCUAUGAGCUAUGAUGAUGUUGUGAUAAAACUCACCAACUUUGACGAUAAGAUACAUAAGUACGCUGGCUCAAAUGCUUCACCCCAUUUAGGCUUCACCUCCGACAGAGACUAUACCAAUCGUGGUCGAGGACAGUCUUGUGGUCGUGGUUAUCGUGGACGUGGAAACUACUCAACCAGAGGAAGAGGUUUUCAUCAACAAAUUUCCAAUGGUCAACCCUCAAACUCUGGUACACGACCUACAUGUCAAAUCUGCAACAAGUAUGGUCAUUCUGCUCACAAGUGUUACAAGAUGUUUGAUCAUUCUUACCAAGGUGAAGAGCUUCCUCAUGCGUUUGCUGCAAUGCGCAUUUCUGGUCCACCUGGUCAUGAAUGGACAGCUGAUUCUGGUGCUACCUCACAUAUCACAAACUCCACUGCUUAG